GGAUAGUAUUUGAAUUAUCCGGAUAUCUUUCGGAUUGACAUUUGUGCAACGAUGGAAAAGCGGCGACAUGGAGACGCCAAUGAAGACUCUGACAGUGACAUCACAGUGAUGAGCAGCCCCAUGUCACCAAACGAAUGGGAAUCUCCUUGCUUGAUGGAACCAAGAUUGUCCACACAUCCACAGAAAGUACACCCGAUCGGCGAGAAGCACGACGACGACAGUGACGACGAAGCAACCCUCAUUCUUAGUCAAACUUCCCCAACACCAUCUUGGUGUGAAGAGUCACCUGAGCGAAAAGGUCAAGGGGAAGCUUGGACGACGGAUGUCCAUGCCGGGAUUAAUCACACGCUCGACUAUAGUUCUCCACACGAGAGCGUCUUGACAACCGAUGGCGACCAACGAUCUCAUGAUCGUUUGAGUUUAAAGGUUACCCGUACUCCGCGCGGAACUCCCGCACAUACAGAAGGCGGUGGCAAUGUCAUUUACUUGGUCAAGGACAAUGGUCGCCCCGCUGACAAGUCUUUUACAUCGAGGUGGACCUCGUCAAAACGAUUGAGAAUCUUCCAUCCUCCGAGUCCUGAGGACAACAUCAAUGUCCCCCUCGAACUGUCGCCAGCGUCGCAGUUGUGCGUGUUGUCGCAAAUCGGGAACCUCGGCGCGUCCUCCACUCCAUGGAAACAGGUGUCCCGUCCAUUGCCUGAAAAAGUGCCGACGGAGCAUGUGCAGCCCAAGGAGCCAAGGCGGUCCCAGAACGCGUACGGCAAAAAAGUCACUGCGCAGGCGGCAGAUUGGGAUACAUGCAGUGGUAACGAUUUCGAGCAGUCGAUUGGGAUCAGUCAUUCGUACCGACAUUCUUCUUCGUAGAGAACGCUUUCGACGGCGACACGAGUGAUGGUGACAUGUGGGCCUUUGAAGACCUGUCAGACAGUGAUUUUGACUAAGAGUUAGAACCACAACGUUUUCGCUAUCUCGUUGGUGUUUCACUGGGCAUUCCAACAAGACUCUUGAAGUGAUACGUAUUAGACACACACACUGCACACUGACAUAACAAGCCACGUGUAUACAGUAGUCCCUCGCUUUGGGGGCUUUAGCGGCGUAGUGAAGCCCGCACUAAAGUUCCACUCGAUGGGAAGAGUCGCUUUGUAACCGAUAUCGGUUUCACUACU